GAAUAAAGUUUUUAUUUGAGUUUGCUUUUCUCUCUCACUUAUUCAUUCUCUUUCAUCCCUUCAUUGUAGACUGGCUGAGUUUUUCCGGCAUUGACUCGUUGAGCUAACUCAGUAACAGAUCGGUGGAGUUUGUUUUUGAGCAAGAAAUGUGGUUGGGGUUAUGGGUUGGAAAAUUUUAUGAAAUGGGAUAGGAGAGUAUAGUGGAGUAGAGAGGAGAAUUUUGAUUAAAUCUUGAAAAAAAUUGGCAAUUUUAGCUCUAGAUUAAAGAUAAAGAUUGUUUGGGGAGAGAGAAUUUGGAGAUUGAAUGGAUUCGAGGAUCCGAUUAGGGGACGGAUUUUCAGUUCCUCAACAUGAGAAAGCUGAAUUGCAGUUUGGUGGAGCUUAUAUGCCAGCAACUCCGAAUAAACCAAUUCCGAUAAGACCUGGUUAUGCGAUGUUGGAUAAUGGGAAUGGGAGUCAAUUGGGUAGUUCAAAUUGGCAAGAAUUGGAUGGUUUUCGCAGUGGAUAUGCUCAAGAUAUGUUGAAUUAUAACAGUGCAGCUCAACAUUUUGGGGAAAUUGAGCAAUUUGGGGGAAAUGGUUUUUUUCCAGAGAAGAAUGGAGGGAUCAAUAACAUUGCGGGUUCCUACACGCAAUUGUUGCUAAAUCAGAAUGCAAGUUGGAAUAGUUAUUCAUUUACGAAUCUUUUGGCAAUGAACGAUUCAGCUCCUGUAGCGUAUGAGAACAGAAACUUGAACAAAAGAGUAAGCAUGGCAGAAAAGCCAUUGAUCCCAAAUCUGAAUACCCCAGUUGAAUGUUUGGGAGAAUCGAACUGGGGCGAUGAAUUUGUAGCCAACCAAACUCAAUGCUCGAGUUCAGGCAUGUUGGAUGACUUUCAAAGCUUAUUCCAGAUGCCCCAAUAUGGAUUUCCCACACCAUAUAAUCCGAACUAUGAUCCCAAUUCACUACCGAGUAUAGAAGCUGAUACCAAUACAUUUCAAUUCACACCAAUGUUUGAGCAGGCCAAGCAGUUGGAGGACCAGUUGUCCGCACUUGUAAACUCCCCACAAGAAAGCUUGAAUGUAGAGAAAGACGUGCAAGAUAAUUUAGUUGAUUCCGUUGACAACGUCCCAAAUCAGCAGAAUACUGUGGAUGCGUCUUCUGCUGUUAUUUCCUCACCAUUCGAGGAACCAAAAGAUUCUUGUCAGGAAAGUAACCAAGUUAUCGACCUCAAUAAAACACCCCAGCAGAAAACACCAAAAAGAAGAAAGCACAGGCCUAAAGUAAUUGUGGAAGGAAAACCGAAAAGGACUCCAAAGGCUACAACCACAAAUAAAGCUGAUCCCAAUAAGAAAACGACAGAAAAGAGGAAGUAUGUGCGCAAGAAUAACCAGCAAGAACUAGCCUCUCCACAUCCGGAUUCUAUUGGAGAUAAUAUUGUGCAACCAAAUGAAAAAAGGAAGUACGUGCGUAAGAAUACUCUGAAAGAACCAGAAACUCAAAAUACAGAUGAUACCGCUGAGAGUACAGAUCCUAGUGCUAGAACUACAGCAUCUUCAUGUAAAAGAGUAUUGAAUUUUGAAGCAGAAAACACGUGCAGUGAAAAGGGGAGGAAUAAAGUCACUCUGCAGGAUAUACUAUAUAGGAGGAAAGAGACGUUCAAUUUAAACACAGGUAACCAAGCUGCAGAAUCAAGCCAACAAACUAAUAUGGUAUACAGAACGUCGGAAUUGCAGGUAUAUCAACAAAAUGGAUCAUUGUCAGAAAUCCAGCAAUCAGUAGUAGGCAACUGCAAUGCUUCCAUGAAUCGAAUGUCAAAUAACCAAUUUAUAUCCAACGGAAGAGAAGCUUUCCUGCAAUUACCUUCGAGAAAAGAUGGGCAAAUGAACAAUUUAAUUGGCACUGGUAGAGGUAUGAAUGUGAGUAUGCUGCAAAAUGACUGGGCAAAAUUAAAUUGCAGAAGCCUUGAGAACAAUGGACCAGUGAUGCCUCCUAGUACCGAAUCAGUUACCAGACCAUCAGCUGAAGGCAAGGGAUACAAGAGAGGAAAUCAUCAUUUAGAGCCAACAAAGCAUAGUACUGAAAAUCCACUGGGUGACUUAUUUUGCCGAGAGCGACUUCAUACAGAUGAUUAUCACCUUAAUAGCAGCAUUUGCAGUGCAGCAUAUUCAGAAACUCACAAGAAACAGAAAGCUGAAAUUGGAACCCAAAAGAACAUGAAUGGCAUUUCACCUCCUUUCUUAGCUUCAAACCUUGCAUCCACAGUAGAAAGGAACCGAGAGCUAUUGAGAGCGUACAUUCAAAGAAAUUACAAUUCCAACAGAUACGCUUCUGGACAAGAAUUGGCAAUACAACAGAGAUGUCCUGCAAGCAGCUUAUACAAAGAAAUAAUUGGAGAGAAUUGUAACAUGUUCCCACCAACUCCCCCGCAAAUGUCUCAAUUUGGGCAGCAACUAAAACCCCCAAACUGCAACAUUGAUGCAUCAGAAAAGCAGGUACUGGCUUUGACUCAAUCACUAUCAGUUCCAUCCAUAAAAGAUCAGCACCACAAACAGUUGGAUGUUUUGAAAAAUCAGCAAUCAACUGCGAAAAGAAAAGGAGGGCGACCAGCAAAGAAAAAAGGCCCAAUUACAAUUGAAGAUAUUAUAUAUCAAAUGGAGCGUCUCAAUCUCAAUGAAACUGCAAUUGUUCCUUACAAAGGAGAUGGGACACUAGUUCCAUAUGCAGGGUUAGAAUUCAUCAAGAAACGUAAGCCAAGGCCUAAAGUAGACCUUGACCCAGAAACUGAAAGAGUCUGGAAUUUGUUAAUGUGGAAGGAAGAAGAUGAAAGCCUUCAAGAUACAGAUGAGAAAAACCAACACUGGGAAGAAGAAAGGAGAAUAUUUCAUGGACGAGUUGACUCAUUCAUUGCAAGAAUGCAUCUAGUACAAGGAGAUAGGCGGUUCUCAAAAUGGAAGGGAUCAGUUGUCGACUCAGUGAUCGGAGUCUUCCUAACUCAAAAUGUUUCGGACCAUCUAUCAAGCUCUGCCUUCAUGCAUCUAGCUGCAAAAUAUCCUCCAAAAUCAAUGAAAAGCAGAACCUGUGAGAAAGGGCCAAUAAUAAUGGUUCAAGAACCGGUGUACAUAAUAAAUCCAAAGGACACUAUCAAAUGGCAUGAAAAUUCGUCAAAUCCUUUAAGCUAUCAGAUCUCUAAGACAUCAAGAAAAUCAAUGGAACAUCAGCGACAUGAGACCUCAUGGACAGAAAGAGAAAGCAUAUUAGAGGUAUAUAGUCGCAGCCCUGAAGAAGAAAUCCUCUCAUCACAAGAAUCUGUUGAUUCCACCGUUGUUCAAAGCAAUGGAGGAGUCCGAUCCUACUCAGGUUCCAACUCAGAAGUACAAGAUCCUGCAAAUGGGUGCAAACACAACAAGUAUCAUAAUAUAAGAAAUCCUCAGCAAGUGGAUAGCACCACUUCUUUUGAAGACUUCUUCAGUCGUGUCAAUGGGACGUUGCUUUCUCACGAGGGAACUAGGUAUGGCCAUCAUCAACCAGAAGUAAUAGAAGAUAGGCAGCAAUGGCCAGUGUUGGACAGAUUUAAUGACCAGAGAAGCUCCAGUACAUUUAACCAGCAAUACAUUUAUAAUAUUUCGCAAUUGCAAAAGCAAGUGGUUCCAUCUAGUAACUCUCAAUUGUACAGAAGUCCACAGCCCGGGGUCCAACAAGUAGAAAGUUCACAGCUGCAAAGAGAAGAAAGCAUAUCUUCUUGGCCUUCAAGUACCUCCAGAAUCAGCAAGGAAAAAGAUGCAAGUUGCACAAGCAAUAGGGAUUUACAAGGGGCAUAUGUUGUAGACAAACCAAGAGCACAACAGUAUGAGUCCGAAGGGUGUCGAAACAUUUCAACAGCAGAUCCACAUACUCCUUCAAGCAAGCAACUAAUGCAUGGACAGGAUAACCCUCAACAAUACCAUGUCAGUCAACCACAUGAAAUGAUCAAGACCUUCCAAUUGGAAAGGGAACCAUCCGCUAAGUCUCUAAAUCGUUCCGGUGCACAAGAUGACAGACAGUGCACUUUUGGGCAGCAAACCUCAAACAUUCCCAACAUAACAGCAGAAGUUUUUGAUAUUGAAGAUAGCACUUCUUUGAUGAACAAUAAUGGCAGAGGCACAGACAGUAAUUUUAUUGAAUCGCAAUCAAGGAAAGAAGUACAUUUUCCUAACAAAGGAGACUUGGAUUCAAAUUCUUCAGUAGCAAGAAAAAAAAAGGUUGAGACCAAGAAAAAAGAUGCAGUUGACUGGGACUGUUUAAGGAGAACAGCACUGGGCAAUGGUAUAAAAAAAGAGAGGAGCGAAGAGACAAUGGACUCCUUAGACUAUGAAGCGAUGAGAAAUGCUAAUGUCAAUGAAAUAGCUGAGGUUAUUAAAGAAAGAGGAAUGAACAACAUGCUGGCAGAACGAAUCAAGGCAUUCCUAGACCGGCUGGUAAAAGAACAUGGAAGCACAGACUUGGAAUGGUUAAGAGAUGUUCCCCCUGAAAAAGCAAAGGAUUAUCUGCUAAGUGUACGAGGUCUAGGAUUGAAAAGCGUGGAAUGUGUUCGUCUCUUAACACUUCAUCAUCUUGCUUUUCCUGUUGACACAAACGUUGGAAGGAUAGCAGUUCGUCUUGGAUGGGUUCCUCUGCGACCAUUGCCAGAGUCACUUCAAUUACACUUAUUAGAACUGUACCCAGUACUUGAGUCAAUUCAAAAAUACCUCUGGCCGAGAUUGUGCAAACUCGAUCAAAGAACAUUGUAUGAAUUACAUUACCAGAUGAUUACAUUUGGAAAGGUUUUCUGUACAAAAAGUCGGCCAAAUUGCAAUGCAUGUCCACUGAGAGCAGAAUGCAGACAUUUUGCUAGUGCCUUUGCCAGUGCAAGACUUGCUCUUCCUGGACCAGAAGAUAAAAGUAUAGUGACUGCAACUGUUCCCUUGACAGCAGAGAGAAGUCCCGGAAUAGUAAUUGAUCCCUUGCCUUUACCUUCAAUAGAGGACAACUCCCAUGAAAGAAAAGAAAUCAGUAUUGUUAGUUGUGUACCUAUCAUUGAAGAGCCAGCAUCACCGGAACAAAACCAUGCACAAGUCAUAGAAAGCGAUAUAGAGGAUUUAUUCGACGAGGAUCCUGAUGAAAUACCCACAAUAACACUGAACAUGAAAGAGUUGUCGGAGAAUCUGCAAAAUUACAUGCAAGCAAACAUGGAACUCCAAGAAUGUGAGAUGUCAAAGGCUUUAGUUGCUUUGAAUCCAGAAGUUGCAUCCAUUCCCACACCCAAACUGAAGAAUGUCAGUCGGCUACGAACAGAGCACCAAGUGUAUGAACUUCCGGAUUCACAUCCUCUCCUUGAAGGGAUGGAUAAAAGAGAACCUGAUGAUCCUAGUCCAUACCUUCUUGCAAUAUGGACACCAGGUGAAACUGCAAAUUCAAUUCAGCUACCAGAACAAGAUUGCCAGUUCCAAGGAUCAGACAAAUUAUGUAACGAGAAGACAUGCUUUUCAUGCAAUAGUGUCAGAGAAACUAAUUCACAAACAGUCAGAGGAACAAUUCUGAUACCUUGUAGAACAGCAAUGCGAGGAAGCUUUCCCCUUAAUGGCACAUACUUUCAAGUAAAUGAGGUCUUUGCGGAUCAUGAAUCCAGUCUCAACCCAAUUGAUGUGCCGAGAACAUGGAUUUGGAAUUUGCCAAGACGAAUGGUGUACUUUGGAACCUCUGUAUCCACCAUAUUUAAAGGACUUACAACGGAAGGCAUUCAGUACUGCUUUUGGAAAGGAUUUGUUUGUGUUAGAGGGUUCGAACAAAAACAAAGAGCUCCUCGUCCGCUUGUGGCCAGAUUGCAUUUUCCAGCGAGUAGAUUAGUAAAGACGGGGAAUGGUACACAGCAAUAAGCAUGCCAUGAUAAGGGAAUGAAUAAUAGCGAAAGUUCUAACCAGCAAACCUUCUAACAACAAAAUGAUAGGCGGCUUGGUGAAGAAGAGAGAUCACCAACACAUUGUUGUACAUUCAAUUAUUUUUCCUCUAACCAAAUUUUUAGUUCAGUAUAAAGACAUUUUCAAGUGAUAUCAUAAAAAAAAGCAUCGCAAAUGGGAUGUAUAGUUCAUAAAUGCUUUAUGAUGAUUAUUUAAGUUCAUGCUCAAAACUGAGCAAUUUCAUUAA